CUGAAACACGCCCACCUGCCAUUCUCGACGCCACCACCGUGCGUUCACGUUUUGCUCAUGGCGUCUGCGUCGUCGUCCUUUGUGGCACCAGCCCUCUGCUUCUGCCUCUGGUGCUCGAGAUGCAGCCGUGCCCUCCCCCACGGCCCCCAUCCCAUUAAUGUAUGAAUACGCGCGCCCCGCUCUCGUCUUCCCAUCCCCACUUACCCACACUCGUUCACCAUGCUCGCCGUCACCCUCGCUGCCGCCUUCGUCGCUCUUGUCAACGCCCAGUCCGCUCCGGACUGGAAGAUCAUCCCCAAGGCGUGUGCCACGCAGUGCGCCAAGACCAUCGAGUCGUCCUACCUGUGCCAGAACCAGUACCAGGGCGGCACGGCGGUGUACGGCUGCUUCUGCGAGUCGUACCCGUCUGACGCGGCGGCGUGCGCGACCUGCCUGGGCGCGAACAACGCGGCGGCCCUCGGCGCCCUCCUGACCUCGACGCAGGCCGACUGUGCCGCGCAGGCCAAGUCGUGCGCCUUCGCCUGCGCCUUCGACACCUGCAGCUCGUCCGACAUCGCGUGCCAGUGCGACGCAGGCUACCUCGCCAACAUCUACAACUGUGCGUCGUGCAACACGGCCAACGCGAACGGCGGCACGUCCCUCACCGACUUCAACGCGCUCAAGGACUCGUGCGCCGCCCAGAACUUCACCGGCGCCGCCCAGGCCUUCACGACUUGGGUGCCCGCGCCCACCGGCGUCGCCGCGUACCAGGCCCCCGAGCUCACCGCGACCGGCGGCGGUGACGCCGCCUCCGGCACCUUCCAGCCCGCGACGGACCGCGCUGCCGCCACCGACGCACAGGGCUCGGGCGCCGGCGCCACCCCCGUCUCCAACGCCCCCGCCGCGUCCGGCUCGGCUGCCGCUCGCCCUUCGUCGGGCUCCGCCGCCGCCUCUGCCUCGGCCCGCGCGUCCGGCGCUUCCGCCGCUGCCUCUGCCGCUGCUUCGACCCCCGCCGCCGGCUCCGGCGCCGGCAUCCUUGCCGCCCCCGUGGGCCUUGUCGCCCUCGUCGCCGCCGCCGCCGCCCUUCUUUAAGCUCCUUCAUUGUUGAGCUAAUAUUCAAGUUGAUACCGCCCUUAUAUCUCUGAUAUCCGAGGCUUGGACUUUCGGUUUCCGUGCUAUGUUGCUUUCAGUAUGCACGAUAUAUUCCUUCACUGAUCAUCUGAAUAUUUGGACGCUACGUGCCCUACGCCGCGCCACAAACAC